AGAUAGAGUUUGCCUGCAUGUCCAAAAGCAAUGGACGUCCACCCAGCGCAGCCAAGAUGAUGAGGGGGGUCGACAAGGAAAGCUCGCACCCACCUUGUGCCGACUUUUCGAGGGGCAGCAUUGCAACGCUGUGCUGCGUUGGUAUUUGGACUGGACCGAGCGCUUGGCAACGCUGAUCAAUGAGCAUGUGCUUACAGCAGACUUCGACCAGAGCCCUUUGAAGUACCGGCAAUUGCCGGGCAGUAGCAAGAGAAUGCGGCUGGAUCAAGACUUGAAAGACUAUGUGCUCAAAUCGCUGGCCGAGGGGAAGGCCGCCACCUGCUCGGCCUACCUGCGAGCAAACGAUGCCGAGUCCUUGGCCAAUUCUGGCCGGCAGUGGGAGGGGUUUGCGGUCCAGCAGUGGCUCUUGACAUUGCGAAGGGCUUGGAAAAAGCCGGGGACCAUCAGCAUAGCGCCGGACGGGAGCCGUUUUGGCUGCCCAGCUGAAGAGACUGUGGCCUACGCUUUUUGGCAUGCCAAAACCUUGUCCGCCGGCUGGUUGCCCAUACAAGUCCUUCGGGACUAUCGGCAGUGUGAAGAGAAGCCGGGCAAUGCCGUUGACGCCGACACCAAGCGGGCGAGAAGAGCUGAGAUCGCGCAGUUCUUGACCAAAGGCCACCAGAAUCCACCGCUGGAGCGUGCCAAGCGCUUGGGCAACAAGUUGAGCAUCCUGGCUAUGGACCACGCCUUGCAAAUCGCAUGCGAUGUUGGGCUUGCCCACUACUUGUCUGAGCACCCGAUUCGGCCAUUAGGUCCGGAAGAGGAGCGGUACUAUGUCGCUGCCAGCGACCUCCCAGCAGAGCUCAUCAGCUUGGGGCAGAGCCGCCGGGCAUGCGUCCUGGACAAGAAGCAAAAAAAGACACGGCUUGAGUUGAUCCACUCAGACCCUGCCCAGGGCAGACUGCACAUCGUGUCGGACCGCGGCACGAUGAGCUGGCAGUGUUUGUUUUGGCUUUUUCAACGGCUGCCCACCGUGGGAAGUUUUCAGUGGGACGAGCCACACAAAGACUGGACAAGUGUGAACCAAGCAUUGGAUGCCUCUGGCUUGAGACCUUUCCGGCUGUGCCUCACGACGCUGUUGAAUGUGGCCAGCGGGCCAUGGCAAGGCGCAGCAAUGUUUGGCAACAUUUCCGCAUCGGCAGCGACAUAUUUCAGCAGCGCUUCAUAUGAAGAUCCCUUGUUCGGAUAUUUCUAUGAAGACAUAGCCCGCGAAGCUGGCGUCAACAUGUGUACCUUUGGCAGCGCAGACAGCAUGCAGGAGAGGCGUACAACUUCAUGAAAUCCUGCCCGUUUUUCAACAAGAAGGGCAAUCUGGUGAAGUCCUGCCGCUGGUUUUCUAUCUUUGACAGCCUCGCUGACUACCUGCCGUAUUGGUUCGUACUGAGUGUGCAGCUGGUGCACCUGUGCCUGCGCAAGCACAUUGUCCGCUCCAUGGAGGAACUCCACAUGUGCAUGGCGCAAAAUAUUGCCACUGCACGGGCGGCGGCUGCUGCUUCAGAAGGACAUGCCGUUGCUUCAGAAGGGGCUGCCUCCAGAAUGAUGAAGCAUGGUGCUGCUGAGCAGCUGUCUUUCUUGAAAAAAAUGACGGGCAACUUGCACGUCGCAACAUGCGUGAGCAUGUCACGUUUCAACAAGAGGCUGGCCACGGUUCUUCUACAUGCCGUCGCUCCAGUCAGAGAGUCACACGGAAUUGCCCAGAAACAGUUUAGCACCAGAAGAGGCGGCAUGGAAAGGCAGGUGCAAAUGGCCGCCGGCCAGUGGGUACAGGAGGUCGUGUCCAUUGCCAAAACUACCGUUGACCACAAGAAGCUGGAGAGCAUGGGUUUCCGGGCCUCUCCAUACGAAGCAACAGGCGAUGUCUUGGAAGAGGACGAGGGGCAGCAAUUGGCAGAGUUUGCGCUGCGGUUCAUUGCCAACCUUCUGGGCCAAAGGCUCUUGAAGUACCAAAUGUACUCGCAUGGCAUGCCCUUCAAGCUUGCGUGGCUGCUGCACCACGAAGAAGUGGAGCAGAAAACGGCGUUGCAGACACUGCGAGAGUGGUGGCGCACCUUGAGCGCUGCAGAGGUUGCUGCCCACACAAACCCUUGCGUGGCCUCAUUGUUGGCUGAGCUCUGCUGGCCAGCGCAGCAGUGGUACCGGUGCUUGCUGCUGGAGCUGGACGAGGUAGCGUUUUCCCAUUGCCCAGAGCACUUGCGACGGCAGGUCUAUGAGUGGGCCACCGGGUUACAGACAACCACAGUGACAGAGUAUGGAUUCCACCACCUGCGCACAAAAGAAAGCGCCACAGAAACAGGCAAGCUUGGCAGGCAGCGGAGAUGGCUUUCGCUCUUGGAUAGCGGCAUCCUCGCCGAUCACGAUCGCCCGCCCCUUCAGAAGCUUCCUGAAGACAGCCUGGGCGUCACCCACGGGAAGUCUAUCAAGCGGCAAGUCUUCGAGGCCGAGGGCGGCUCGCCAAGCUUCCAAGCUGCAGACUUGGACAGCCUGACCCAAGAGGACAGUUGGCGGUCUCCUUCGAGCGACGCUUUCUCCAAAUCUCCUCUGGCAUGGAUGGCCUUGCUGAAGCUUUUCCCAGGCAAAACCACGGCUUUGCAGACGUUGUGGCUGUCCGUCCUAGCUGUUCCACUCACGCUCUUGCAGAAGAGACCGGCCAAGCCAGAGGAUGAGAUAGAGUCAAGUUGCGGCGGGCUUGUGCUGAUGAGUACAGAAUUUGGAGUUCUCCUGUGGAAACUGCAGUGGGCACGAUGUGCUGACGGCAAACGGCUCUACUUCCUGUGCUCGGAGCCCGAUGCCUGCUGGCAACUUGCAGUUGUGCACAACCUGGCCGAGUGGGCCGCUGCUGCAAUCCAAGUGGUGAGCCCAGCUGAGUGCUGCAGACUGGGGCAGCAGAGUUUGAAAAUUGGCUUUCGGAAGGUCGGUCACUCUUCUCCUCUCUUAAAUCUUGCCGCAGCUCACGGCUUUCCGGGAGUUACUGGCCCUGUCCUGAGCAAGCUGAUCUCGCACCUGGGCAUGCGCUUCAGUGCGAAGAACAACAACCCUCGCCCCACAACAGUGGAGGGCAUGGUGCGGGCAUUGGCUACGCAUGUCUUAGGAGCUGAUGUUGACCUUGAGGCUGUUCUGAGCCAUCGCGGCGGCCCGCAGCAAGUCGACACAGUCCUUUGCAGGGAAAAUCUGGCAGCGGUGCAGGAGCUGUUAGAAGAUGAGGAUGACAAGCAGGCCGCGUCCAAGGUGGUCGAGCAAAUGGAGAACAAUGAAGCGGCCCGAAGAGCCGCGCUAGGAAAACGCCCGGUGCCAUCACAGCAGUCUCGCAAGCCGCUUCCAGCCCCGGCCACGCCCGCCGGGUGGAGCGCGGAGCAGCUUUCCAAGCUGUGCCCGCCAGCGAAAGUCACCAUAUCAUUGGAGACAAAGUGGCAUGCCCGGUGGCGGUGCAGCUACCCAUGUGCCCCGCCGAACAACACAUCGAGAGUCUUUGACGCCAAGGAGGACCGAUCCCAGAGGGAAGCGCAGUUGUAUUGCUUGCGGUUUCUGUGGCAAUGCCACGCUCGGGCCACGGGGGCCACCGAUUGCCCAUGGGCUUUGCACACAUAGCACGGCGCUGACCGGGUCGGCUUGAGAA